AUGCGAACGUACAACCUGCCACUUGCUGCCUUGCAGUUGCUCAUCGGCCACUGUUUGCGGCAAAUUGACGCGCAUCCUUUGAUGCUCGUUCUUGCCGCUUAUUCGUCUUUGUUUUACUCGGGCAACUCGAAUAGUCUUUCGACAAUCGAUGUUUCGGUGGGAUACGUCAGCGUGAAAACUUAUCAGCCAAUUCUAAUCGCUGUGCAAAUAUUGCUUAACACCUACUCGGGACCGAUGCUGAUAAUUUUUGCUUGGUGGCAGGCUUCAGUGAGGUUUUCAACCGAUUUCACGGUAUUCUUGCAGAAAGCUGGCUCGCUUCUCGGAUGGGCAUGUGCGGUGGCACAUUCAAGCAUGUCCGCUUGCUUAUUGUCCAUUUUCAUUCAGCGUUAUCAUUUGUUUGUUUGGAGCGUUUUUGCGCCAAAAUUUCUUUACGAAUUAGCACACCUUCUGGUGCUAACAGUCGUCGCACUUACCGUUUAUGGCUACGACAGAUACUACUCUUUUAUCUACCCAUGCAAGUAA